CUGUAGCCCCGUGCUAACUGGCUUGUGUUGCUGCCACUCUAUUUUAGCUUAGUGGCGCGCGGUGGUUCGGCUACUGGCGGGCGCGUGAGCAGUGGCGGCGGCGGCGGUGGCGGAAGUAGCCGGCGGGCCCGUUGCCCGCCGACACCAUGCUUCCAUUGUCCCUGCUGAAGACAGCUCAGAAUCAUCCCAUGUUGGUGGAGCUUAAAAAUGGGGAGACUUACAACGGACACCUGGUAAGCUGUGACAACUGGAUGAACAUCAACCUGCGUGAGGUGAUCUGCACAUCCAGGGAUGGGGACAAGUUCUGGCGGAUGCCUGAGUGCUACAUCCGUGGCAGCACCAUCAAGUACCUGCGCAUCCCUGACGAGAUUAUCGACAUGGUUAAGGAGGAGGUGGUGGCCAAGGGCCGCGGCCGUGGUGGCCUACAGCAGCAGAAGCAGCAGAAAGGCCGAGGCAUGGGGGGUGCCGGACGAGGUGUGUUUGGCGGCCGGGGCCGAGGCGGGAUCCCAGGCACAGGAAGAGGUCAGCCAGAAAAGAAGCCAGGUCGGCAGGCGGGCAAACAGUGAGCCUGCCCUGCAUCCUCCAGAGACUGAGCUGCCUGAGGCUGCAUUUCUGCUCCAGUCCAUGAGUUUGUUCAGAAUGGAAAGAGGCAGGCGUCGGAGGGACCCACCCUGCCGUACAUUUUGUGAUCCUCUUCUCAGUGUUUUUGAUUUUGUGAAGACACAGCCAACUUGAUUCUUGGAAGGUUCUUUGUGAUAAUGCCUCUUUGGAGCCUUCACCUGUGUGUUAAGGGGGAAAUUUUCCAAGCAGGUUUUUUUUUGCAUCUUGUGUUAUGUCCCUGUGUGGCAAACAGAUGGGCAGUUUUUAUUUUAAGCUGCUUGUGCUGAGAUUGACAACCCAUGGAGUUUCCUGAAACACGGACCUGAAAUUGUCCUUUCAAAACAAAUUUGGACAGAUGUAUGCCUCAGAAGUUGUUCAGGGGAUGUGGUUGGGCCCUGCCCCUUCACCUCCUCUCUCCCUCUUUGUAUUACAAAAAUAAAAACAAAUGCAGCUACAAACUUCAAA